AUGGAUAGUUUUGACAUUUUUUUUAUGGAUGAACUUUUAGAAGCUCUUAAUUCUUUAGAUACUCAAGAAUUUGGGGAUAUUUUUGAUAAUUUAGAAAGAGGAAUUCAAAAGGCAACUGAAUAUUUUACCAACAAUCCAACUGAAGUAGAAAUUAAAUAUACAGAAGAAUUACAAGAUGAUUUUAAUAAUUCUAAUUUUAAUGACUUUGGAUUAUCCAAUUUGUUAACACAGAAUGCCAACUUUAAACAAGAAUUUGAUGAAUUUUUUAUUCAUCAACAAAAAAUAGAAGGAUUAUUUAAUAAAUUGGAUCUGAAGACACAUCCAAACAUGAAAAUGGAUCUUAAAGAAUCAAAACUUCGAUUAACUUCUUUACAAAUUGAUAAGGAGAGUUUGCAAGAUGGAUUGGAAAAGAUACGCUCUCAAAGAUGCAAUUCAAAAAAUAUACUUCAUGAAAUAAAAGAAAAACCAUUUGUGUUACCCAAUAUUCAGAUUUUUCGUG